GAAUACUUGGUCUAGGAGAAAGUGGAUGUUAGAUAACGUCGUCGCACUUUUCUCUACCGAUUUCAUUAUCUAGGUUUCAGCAUAAAAGGCCGAUUUUUUGUACGUUUUGAUUUACACAGGACCCUGCGUGACCUGCGUGCUGUUAUUUGUGCUUCAGCAUGGCGGUGGUGAUCCGUUUACAGGGACUCAAAACGAACGCAGGUUCUGAGGAUAUUCGCAAUUUCUUCACUGGCCUAAAAAUCCCAGAUGGUGGGGUGCACAUUAUCGGUGGUCCACUUGAGGAGGCUUUCAUCAUCUUUGCCUCAGAUGACCAUGCAAGGCGGGCAAUGACACGUUCUGGAGGAUGCAUCAAAGGCUCCCCAGUUAACCUUUUGCUGAGUAGCAAAGCUGAGAUGCAAAAUGUCCUUGAGGAAAAUACGAAGAGAACAGAAAUGAGCAAAAGUAGGGUGUACAAUGAUGGGUUCAGAAGAGCAGAAUCAAACAUCCCCUCACUUUUUGCGGAGAACCUAUCGGUUGAAGUACGAAGAAUUGACCGUUUGGAAAUGGAUGGCAUCUCGGGCCCAGCUUUUAGGGAGGAUAUGCCUGUUCAUCAAACAAGAAAAGUUCUGGCAGUUGGAAAUGAUGGUUUCUACCUGCACUUGCAAGGAUUGCCAUUUUCCAUAACCAGGGAAGAUGUGAGAGCUUUUUUCCAAGGUUUGCUUGUCAAGGGCAUCAUUCUCAUGAAGAAUCGGCAUGGCCAGCAGAACGGGAUGGGUAUCGUGAAAUUUGGCACGACGCGUGAUGCUUACGAGGGCCUGAAGCGGGACCGGCAGUACAUUGGAAAUCGGUUUAUAGAAAUCAACUCGUGCUCGGAGAAGCAGUGGAUUGAAGCUGGGGGCAGCGUUGGACCUUAUGUGGACAACACUCAUGAGUUUCUCCGGGAGUCGCCGCCACCUAAUGUGGAAAAGAGGUACCAUCGACAGCGCACAAGGUCAAUUUCACCAGUGGGGUAUAGGUCACGGUCGUCUUCUCCUUCUGAUGAAUACUGUAUUUUGAUGGAAAACCUCUCCUACUCGGUAGAGAAGCGAGACCUAAAAGGUUUCUUCCGUCCAGUGGAACUGAAGGAAGAUCAAAUUCUUCAUCUGCAUGACAAAAAUGGUAGAAGGACAAGGGCCGCUUUUGUGCUGUUCAGGAGUCUGAAAGACUAUUGUGCUGGCUUGACCCGCCACAAAGCAACCCUUUCCAACCGAACAAUCUACGUGUCUCCAAUUUCCAAGGAAAAAAUGGUGGCGAUGCUGGAGGCCCCAGAACAGAAGGCGGAAAAGCCCAGCACAUCACAGGACAGGUCUCAACGCUCACAGAGGCCAAAGUAUGAGUCGGAAAGGAUCUGCGUCUAUGUCCGUAACCUGCCUUUUGAUGUACGGAAGAUUGAGAUCAUGGACUUCUUCCAGGGUUUUGGGAUACCGGAAGAGAUGGUUCAUCUACUUUGUGACGAGAAGGGGGCUGGGCUUGGUGAGGCUUUGGUGACUUUUAAUUCCGAGGAGGAGGCACUGAGGGCGGAGUCUCUGCAUGGGCAGAGGUUCCUUGGGUCUGAGGUGAUGUUGAAAUGCAUCUCAAGGAUGCAAAUGCAGGAGUUUGGUGUCAAGGAACAUCCUAGGAAGAGUCCGGAUCUUCCACUGAGGAUGAGGGGCCCAGAAGGCUAUUCUGCCAGACGCCGGGUGUCCAACUUUCCACUUGAUGGAGAAUAUCCAGACAUUGAAAUCCCCAGUGAUGUCCAUGUGCCCCUAAUCAACCUGCCUGUCCGCUCUCAUGGAUCUAGCAGCAGGUUUGAUUCACGCAAGGAUGCCCGCGAUGCAUUUGUUGAUAGAGAGAGUGGAUCUGCGCAAAGAGGACUUGGUAACCAAUUUGACGGUCCUGCUUGUCUGAAGCUGAUGAAUCUUCCGUUGAAUAUCACCAUUGAGGAGAUCUAUGACUUCUGCUAUGGGUACAGUGUGAUUCCAGGCUCCGUCUCGCUGCAGUACGACAGGAACGGGGCUCCUAAAGGAUGCGCGUCUGUGGUCUUUGAGUCGCGCCAGGAGGCACAGACGGCCAUUCAGGACCUGAGCGGAAGACCAAUCGGGACCAAAAGAAUUAAAUUGCUUUUUCUUUAAAUUGAAAUGCAUCUGGCUAGUGAAGUAUGCUGUAUAAUUACUUUUUUUGCUCGUAACCCAAGUUUUUGAGAAAAAGAUUGUGUGUGGUUACUUGUUUGUUUUCUCCUUCUUCACGUGGUUCUGAACAUGUCCGAAGAGCAGGAAGGAGCAGAAGCUGUCCAUAAGGUAUAAAAACUACUUCUGGCAUAUGCUGUUAAGCUAAACACAAAGACGGUUACAAUUAUUAUUUUUUUGUUUGCAAUAUGUACAAGAAUAAUUCUUAGCUAAUCAUAUUGUUAAAUUCAUGGGCUUACUGUCAGAAAUGCCUUCAAUUUCGGUAAUUAUCUUUUGAAAGAUUGAAUAUGAAUUGGGUUUCAUAAGCUCAUUUAUUAACAUUUUUAUUUGAAUUUCAUCAGUGCAGUUUUAGUUUAAUUUCAUCUGCAUUUUAUAUAAAUGUAUAAAGAUGUAUUUGCUUGCGGAACAAAAUCCUUCUGGGUUACCCUGAUGCGUGUGUGAGAAUUUGAUUAUUUUACUUUAAUUCUAUAAACCAAGGCAUUCUUUAGGCUAGAGUCUAUUAUUUGAAUUUUCAAGCUCAGAUUUAUAUUUGAUUGCUUCACAUAUUUGAAUGGACUGUGCCGAUAUGCUAGAAGUGCCAGGGUUUGCCUGAACAUGACCUUUCUAACUAAAAUAUGUAGCUACUGAAAAUAAAUAGUUGCAGAGCUCCAAAUGUUAAUGUCUGGGCAAGGAGUGUGCUCUCCAUAAUAAACAACACAGAUUUAACAGCACUAUUCUACUAAUACCUUUUGUGCAGUCCAAUAGUUUCCACUACUUCCCAAGGAGAAAUGGUGUGUCCAGUGUACCAAAAUGACUUUCUAAGUAUAGAAUAAUGAGAAUGGCAAGAGUUGUUACUUGAACCACAAGGUCAGAACAUGCAUGUGUGAAAGGUAUUUGUUGCAGCAGAGCCAUUCAUCUUAUUUGACAAAAUUAUUUUUGAAAGGUUCUGUUAAGCCCAUGUGCAUUUGUGAAAGUAUUCUAAUGCUGAUUCAGGACUGCAUGGAAAAAAAAAAAAGCACCACUUUAAACUGCUUACCCACUGAACUCUGAAAUGGUCUUUGGCUCCAGAUAAGAUGCAUGCAUCUUGAGUAUUUCUGCAAGAGUGUUGGCUGGCUUAGUAUCUCCAGACAUGUUCUUUAAUAACGUUCCAUUUUUAAAAA